AUGGAUGAAGAUGGGCUUGAAGCGAUGGAGGAAUUCGUAUCCGGGCCCUUGGUCACCUGGAUGCAGACGCUGGAGACUCUGGUGGGCAGGAGCCCCGACCAGCCUCCCCAGGGAGAGGAAGAGGCCAGCGAAUAUUUCCGAAAACUGGUUAAUGGAGACUUCCUGCAACAGGAGGAGCGUGACUUCACCAAGGCUUUGUUGGAGUCAAAAGCCAUGAUGGAGGAAGAACUAGACGCCGUUCACGCCCGAGACCAGCGCCUGAGUCUAGCAGAGAAAGAAAACCUGCGCCUGCAGAACCACUUGAACCAGAUCCAAGAGGAAUGGGAGCAGCUUUCUUGCCAAUCGGAGGAGCUUUCGAGGGAGAAUUUCCUCCUGAAAAAGCAGCUGGGAGAAACUUUGAAGAAUGCACCGAGAGAAUCGUGGUCUGAGUAUUCUCACCUGGAUGCAAAUGACUUCCCCGAAGUUCCCCUUUUGCUGCACUGUGAGAUGAAGGAGUCCGAUCGAUUGCUAGCUGUGGAAAAAGAGAACCGGGAACGGCGUAGGAUGCAGCUUGCGUUGGGAUCAAAGAAGAUGGAAGCAGAGCUGAAGGACGCCAACCUUGAUGGGCUGCCAGAACGGCGGCCCGGCCAGGCAGAAGAAGAGAACUUCGAUGAUCAAGCACACAAAACAGGGAUUUCGCCGCACCGAAAGACCGAAAGGGAGGAAGGCCAGGCCCCGAAACAGGAAUCGGAGACUUCGCUAACUGAAAUGAAGGCUGCCUUGUCCAGUGCUCAGGCUCGACUGCGGGAGGCCGAGCAGGCGCGGGAGGCUGAAUCAAGACGCGCCGCGAGCUUUGAGGAGACGCUGAGUGGCAUCCAAGGCGCGUACGCCGAAGCCCAGAAGGAAUGUGAGCGGUGGCACGCGGAGGCCGGGCACCUAGUUGAAGAGAUCCAGGCGUUAGAGCGGGAGAAGGAGACGUUAAAUGCCGGAUCGCGGGUUUUGCAAGAAGCAGCCACCCGCGCUGAGGUCGACUUAAACCAGGCGCAGCAAAGCCUUCAGAAGGAGCGUCUUCGGGGCGCCCAGUUAGACCAGACGCUCCGACGAAAGGACGAAGAUUUGGCCAAAGCUCAACAGGAGCUACAGAACCUGCAACGGAGCGUGGAAGAGCUCAGGGUCACCUUGGCUCGGCUGGAGGUCGAGAAAGGGGCUUUGGAAGAGGCGUUGAGCCGGGCCGAGAGCGGCCGGCGGCAAGCGGAGAAGGACGGCUGGCGGCUGGCGGCUAAAACUCAGGCGCAAGAGGAGGCGCUGGCUGAGCAGGGACGCCAGCUGGCCCUCCUGGAGGCUCAAACACGCCAGCAGGCCGCAGAUCACGCCAGCCUGCAAGGGGUUCUCCAAAGUCUCGGGGAGCUGGAAGAGGAGAACGUGAACUUGAGAAAGCAGCUGGAGGAUAAGGAGAAAGCAGCCGGCAUUUUGGAGCAGGAGCUGGCGAGAGAAAGGGCUGGGCCCUCCAAAGGCAAUGCAGCUGAGCCACAAGGCCACCCGCCGGAGGAACAGCAAAAACCUCAGCCAGAGAUGGAGAGCAGUUGCAAAGGCCGGCCUGAGGGCGCCCUCGUCAGGCAGUUCGAGGAACUGCACCUCCCCAAGGAGCCACUGCUUCAAACACAGGAGGCAGUUCUCCAGGCUGAGAAUUUGGCGCUCACCGGACGCCUGACCCAACUGGAGUCCUUGGCCAGCAGCCUUCAGACGGUGCUGGCAGGCCUGACGCGGCAACAAGCAGAAGGCCAGGAAGGAAACGGGGGACCCCAGCCUCAAAACAGCCCCUCGCAGGUGAGGUUCAGACCAGCAAACUCAAUGCGAAGGGGAAAGCUGGAUUCGCUUAAGGACUGCACAAUUCACUUAACAACCGCACUGAUAUUUUGCUUAACAACCGGAGCGAGGAAAAGCUUGUACGAUUGAAUGUGACUCGUUUAACGACCUUGUAAAUAAAUUUGAGGUGGUCCGUGACUUCUGGCCACAUUUGGGAGCAGGGCUAAGCUAGGGAGUUCUAACAGCGAGAUGGGGCAGCGUGUAAAUUUUAGAAAUUAAUC